UUGCAGACAGAAACACACCUUCACAACCUCAGCGCGCCGACCUGAUCCGCUGCAGACGCGGAAACCUCCCUCCAAACUUCCAGCUGCACUUGUUAUGACAACAGAGAUGAUUGAAACCUGAACUGGAUGUCUGGCUGCGUGAGGAAAAACCAUCCCUGCAGGAGGCUCUGAAUCCAAAGCGGCCGGGUCCCAUCUGUGCCAACUCAUAGAAGGGAUUUACGGUUUACACUGUGCUGGCUGAGGUCCAGUUUCUUCCCCCGGAGCGGCUUGGAAGUCACAGAGAAAUAAUAAAAGAAAAAAAAAAGUCUCUGUUUACUCAUCACACUACCUCUUUCAUCCUCCUUUUUUUUUCCCCCUCCUGUGUCCUGGCUGCAAGUUAUUUGCCUCUUCACUCCAGUGCCUCAAGGGAACUAUUGCGGCGCUAGCUGGACCUCAUCUCAGCCCAUCCUGCCAGCCAUUUAUCCAUAUCGAAAUGAACUCUUCCUCUUCUAUUACGUCCCUGUUCUCCUUCACCAGCCCGGCGGUCAAGCGCCUGCUCGGCUGGAAACAGGGGGACGAGGAGGAGAAGUGGGCGGAGAAGGCUGUGGAUUCUCUGGUGAAGAAACUGAAGAAGAAGAAGGGAGCAAUGGAGGAACUGGAGAGGGCCCUCAGCUGCCCUGGGCAGCCCAGUAAGUGUGUGACGAUUCCUCGGUCGCUGGAUGGCAGGCUGCAGGUGUCCCACAGGAAGGGUCUUCCCCACGUCAUCUACUGCAGGGUGUGGCGCUGGCCUGACCUCCAGUCUCACCAUGAGCUCAAACCCCUCGAGUGCUGCGAGUUUCCCUUCGGCUCCAAACAGAAGGACAUCUGCGUCAAUCCCUACCACUACAGGCGUGUGGAGACUCCAGUGCUUCCACCAGUUCUGGUGCCACGCCACAGCGAGUUCAACCCUCAGCACAGUUUACUGGCCAAGUUCAGGAACGCCUCUCUGAACAACGAGCCGCUGAUGCCGCAGAACGCCACCUACCCGGCCUCUUUCCCGCCGCUGCCGGUCUCCUCUUUCUCCUCCUCUCCGACCUCCUCCCUCGCCCAGUCCCCCGCCUCCCAGAGUUACCCCAACUCCCCCAGCAGCUCCGCAGAGCCCGGCAGUCCGUACCACAUAACGGCUGAGACCCCUCCACCUCCGUACAGCAUGAUGGAGACAAACGCUCAAGAGGAUGUGAAGCCGAGCAACUCCACGGAAACCACAAAGCUCACAUUUUCUGCUCCGCACAGAGAUAUGAGGCCCGUUUGCUACGAAGAGCCCGAGUACUGGUGCUCCAUAGCUUACUACGAGCUCAACAACCGGGUGGGCGAGACGUUCCACGCCUCGUCCCGCAGCGUCCUGGUGGACGGCUUCACGGACCCGUCCAAUAACAAGAACCGGUUCUGUCUCGGCCUGCUUUCCAACGUCAACCGCAACUCCACCAUCGAGCACACACGCAGGCACAUAGGCAAAGGUUUACAUCUGUACUACGUGGGUGGGGAGGUGUACGCAGAGUGCCUGAGCGACAGCAGCAUCUUCGUGCAGAGCCGCAACUGUAACUUCCAGCACGGCUUCCACACCUCCACCGUGUGCAAGAUCCCCAGCGGCUGCAGCCUGAAGAUCUUCAACAACCAGCUGUUCGCUCAGCUCCUCGCCCAGUCCGUCAACCACGGCUUCGAGGUGGUCUACGAGCUCACCAAGAUGUGCACCAUCCGCAUGAGCUUCGUCAAGGGCUGGGGAGCUGAAUACCACCGUCAGGAUGUGACCAGCACCCCCUGCUGGAUCGAAGUGCACCUGCAUGGGCCCCUGCAGUGGCUGGACAAGGUGCUCACGCAGAUGGGCUCUCCGCACAACCCCAUCUCUUCAGUAUCCUAACACAAACGCACACUGUGCAGUGUGCACUCGCUGUCCUCACAACAGGUAGUCAUAUUCUCUGCGUUCUCCUCGGUUUUUCCAUUCCGAGGGUCGAUCUCGUCUCGUGACGACUUCUGUGCACUCGCUGAUGGAAAAGGUGUGCUUUUGGAACUGCUAUUUUAUUUAAACUUGUUGUAAACACACAAAUGGAAUUUCCUUCGACUUACGUGGGUCGCUCAUUUCAGCAUAACAGCAUUUCUGGAUUCAUUUGGACACUUUAGCUGCACAAAAACUAAAUGGGAUUUAUUUGGAGGUACUCUUGUUAUGUUAUUAUAGUGAUUUGUGGUGUCUUUCCAUGUGCUGACCAAUGUUUGAAUGUAUGUUUGCUUUUUUUUUUUUUUUUACAUGUACAAUUAAAGCUUUUCUUUAUCAUUUA